AUGACUGGCAUUGUCCCGAAUGACCUUGCUCAUCCAGCCACAACAAGAUACAAGGACGAGCCUGUUGACAACCCUUUGCGACAACACUCUAUCUCUGGACACCAAGGCCCUCAGCACCCGCAUCUACAGCAUCCUGGCCCAGCAAGCCUUGCGCAAAAACCAAAGCAACCCGAGUCGCCACACCAACCUACCACGAAUCUCUCUCCUGGAUCAUAUGGUCCCCAUCCAUUAGGCAACGGGGUCCUGCAUCAUCACCAACAUCCAUACGGCCCACAAGCCCAAGAGCAAACCUAUUAUACACCUCAUCCAGCUUACACUACGGCGAGCACGCCUGGCCAAUAUCCAUCAAGCGGUCCUCAAGAAAUCAUGGCGACAACGCAAAUGCAUCGACCCUACCCCCCAAUCUACCAUACCCCGCAAUCAAGCUCACCUGCAUCAGUGGCUUCUCAAACCCAUGAACAGCAUAAUAGAAGCUUGUAUACACAGUCACCCCAAAUGACAUCCACAAUAUAUGGCUAUCAACAGGCUCUGUCUGCCAUUAACCCCGUUCAGCCUUCACCCUAUGGAUCUCACCCUUCCUCUCAGCAACACCCUCUCACAUCCCAGUCGAUGAUGAUGCCGCAUCAGACCAGCACCUCUCAGUUACCCCACCAGUCUUCUCAACCUCCGCCUACUACUCUCACCAGUCCAACAAGCGCCACAGUACAACAACCUACCCCUCCCCAGAGGGCACUCUUGAACCCACCACACUCUGCCGCACCUCUUUCAGCGAACAACACUAGCCAUCAAAGUCCUAGUCUUGGGGCAAGUUCAAGCGCGGCCCCCGGUCCUAUCCCAGCGACAACUCCACUGGUUGUGCGACAAGACAGUAACGGAGUUCAGUGGAUUGCCUUUGAGUAUUCUCGUGAUCGCGUGAAGAUGGAGUACACAAUUCGGUGCGAUGUUGAGUCUGUCAAUGUGGAUAACCUGAGCCAGGAAUUCAAAACGGAAAACUGCGUAUAUCCCCGAGCUUGUUGCAGCAAGGAUCAGUAUAGAGGGAAUCGUCUGGUCUAUGAAACAGAGUGCAAUGCUGUUGGCUGGGCACUGGCGGAUCUCAACCCUGCAUUGCGAGGGAAGCGGGGUCUAAUCCAACGAGCUGUCGACAGCUGGAGAAAUAGCAAUCAGGAUCCACGACUUCGAAGCCGGCGCGUAAGGCGAAUGGCCAAGAUUAAUAGACGACAGGGCAUUCCAGCUCCACCACCUCCUCAUAUGGCUCCUACCACUCCGGUGGCCCCUGGAAUCUCGCCGUCUGGCCUUAAUCCAACCGGAUCACGACCCGGCCUUGGCCCGUUAGCAGCUAUGGGACCACCGCAGCUCCAUCAUCACCAUGCCCAACCUGACGGAAGUCCGGCACACGAGGAAGUUAGCGGGCCUGCAGAGUACGCGAGUGGUAACAACCGCCCACUCCCACCCGCGCCAAUCCCUGCUGGACAUUCUACGGACAUUCGCACAGCACAGGUUUUCCGUGGCUAUCCCGCGUUCCCCCUUCCUGCAGAUACCGUCGGUCACCGAGGCCCUUCUAUUCCGCCUCUUAUCCGGGAUAGCGGAAUCGCUUCGUUCGGACGACACCCCGCUGUUGCAACUUCGAACCGCGUGGAAGAGGUGGAGGAUGAUGACGAGCAUGAUCCCAGCAAGGAUGAUCUCUUUGGUACACUACCGGAAGGCAAGCGUCGCAAGUUCAUCCUGGUCGAUGAUACGCAGAGAGGAUGUCGCGUUCGUGUCAAGGUGAUGCUGGACCAGGUCGACAUGAAUGAGAUCCCCGAUUCGUACCGCAUGUCUAACUCGGUGUAUCCCCGCACCUACUUCCCGGUGCAAAUGAAGAGCCCCCGGGGUCCACCGCUCCCCGGAAACAGGUACAUCAAGGAUGAUAUUGAGACCAAUGACGGCGACGAGGACGAUGAAGCCGCAACGGUGGGGAGGAUAAUGGUUCCCGCGCCGCAAGCUGAUGACGACAGCGAAAUAGCCGUUCCUAAAGUCUCUAGGCGUCGGCACAGAAAGGAGGUACUGUUGAAUGAUUUGGGUUACCGAAUGAGCUGGAGUCAAAGUAGAGUCUUCGCCGGCCGAAUGCUCUUCUUGCAACGCUCUCUCGAUGCAUACCGGAACAAGAUGCGCAGCACCAUGCUAGCCGCUGGCCAGGAUCCAGCGUCAAUCCCUCCUCAUUUUGAGACCCGCGCAGGGAAGCGCAAGUUCCUUGAGCAUAUAAAACGAACAGCUUCCGCGACUCGUGAAGCUGGAGUCACAGUGGCUGUUUCUGCAUCACAGCAUGAAGCGGAGGAAGUCGAGCCCUAA